UCCACCUCUGACCCUGACCCGCUUGAAAUCCGCCAGUUGGCCCUCAGCUACGAUUACCUCCUCUACAAGAUCCGAGACCACCUCUCGUCGUUGGCUGAGGACACCUACACUGCCAUCUCUGAGAAAGAGAGACGCAUUAAAGCAGAAUACCUACAAGACCAGCUCCGCUUGGAUCACGAGUUUGAAACGGUAAACAUGUUGAUAGAGUCCUGUAAAGCUAUAGAAAGUGACUUUUUGAAGUUGGACCAGUUGAACUUGUUCAUAGACGACUUCAAGCUGCGUUUGGACCAUUUGGAACAGGGUUUCCUCCAGUUGGAG